AUGCAGCUCAAUUCAAGAAUAGUAUCAAACCGCGUCAUCAAAUUCGAUCUCCAAAUCCAGCUUGUCGAAUUUUGCUUCCCAUCUCAAGAAGCCGGCUUGCCAGACGGACGCAAGAACAUGGACACCAUCAGUCUGGAAAUGGUCAUGGAUUUCAUUAAAGCAGUCGAUUUGCUACAACAGCCAAUAGAACAGUAUCUUCAAGAACAACAACCGCGCCCGAGCUGUAUUAUUUCAGACUCUUCACUCCCAUGGAUGUUCGAAACAGCCAGCAAGUUCGAGAUACUGAGGAUCUUUUUCCAUGGUAUGUACUGCUUCUCUCUCUUGUGCCUGCACAAAACACACCAUUAUAAGUCUCACAAAAACGUUGCCUUUGAGUCAGAACCAGUCGAUGUGCCGAGCUUACCUCAUCGAAUUGAGAUACCCAAAUCCCAACUACUAUAUGGGAACAAACAAAAGUUUGAUUUACAAAAGUUAUUAAGUAGAUCCAUAGAUGUCGAUGCAAAAUGUUACAGUGUGGUGGUGAAUAGUUUUUCUGAAUUGGAGAAUGAAUACCUUGAGUACUACCAAAAGGCUCUGGGAAAGAAGGUAUAG